UUCCUUCUCCUCCUCCGCACUAUAUAACCCCGCCCUUGCCUUCCCCUGUCAUCCAAAACCCCGCGCCAUUAGCACUGGCUCACGUACACGGGCUCCAAGAAACGCAGCACACGACCCAGAGAGAAGAAGGCAUCGUCGUCUCCCGCCCUGCCUGCUCUGUUUCAAGAAACAAGAACCAGGGGAGCCGAGCCGACCACGGCGGCAAUGGGGGACGAGAUGGAGGCGGCGGCGUGGGCGUGGGCAUGGCGCGGCUGGCUGACGUGGCGCGCGGCGGCCGUGCUGCUGUCGGCGUGGCUGGCGCUGCACGUGGCGGCGCGGGUGGCGGACGCGGUGUGGUGGCGGCCGCGGCGGCUGGAGGCGCACUUCGCGGCGCAGGGCGUGCGCGGGCCGCCGUACCGGUUCCUGCUGGGCUCGGUGAAGGAGAUGGUGGGGCUCAUGGUGGAGGCCUCCUCCAAGCCCAUGUCGCCGCCCACCUCCCACAACGCGCUCCCCCGCGUCCUCGCCUUCUACCACUACUGGCGGAAGAUCUACGGUCCGACGUUCUUGAUAUGGUUCGGGCCGACGCCGCGGCUGACGGUAGCGGAGCCGGAGCUGAUCCUGGAGAUCUUCCUGACCCGCGCCGACGCCUUCGACCGCUACGAGGCACACCCCGUCGUGCGCCAGCUCGAGGGGGACGGCCUCGUCAGCCUCCACGGGGACAAGUGGGCGCUCCACCGCCGCGUCCUCGGCGACGCUUUCUACCCCGACAACCUCAACCGCCUGGUGCCGCACGUCGGCAAGUCGGUGGCCGCGCUGGCGGAGAAGUGGCGAGAGAUGGCGGCGGCCGACGGCAGCGGCGAGGUGGAAGUAGACGUGGCGGAGUGGUUCCAGGAGGUGACGGAGGAGGCCAUCACGCGCGCCACCUUCGGCGGCAGCUACAACGACGGCCGCGUGGUGUUCGGCAUGCAGAGCCAGCUGAUGGCCUUCGCCUCCGAGGCGUUCCGCAAGGUCCUCGUCCCAGGCUACCGGUUCAUGCCGACCAAGAAGAACUGGCUGUCGUGGAAGCUGGACAGGGAUAUCCGGCGGAGCCUGACCAGGCUCAUCGGCCGGCGCAGCGACGAGGCGGCCGCCGCCGUGAAAGCCGCCGAGGGUGAGAAGGCCGACACCGGGAGCUUCCGCGACUUGCUCGGGCUGAUGAUCAAUGCCAGCCAGAGGACGACGCGGGCGCCGGCGGCGAAAGCGAUCCCGGUACAUGACAUGGUGGAGGAGUGCAAGACGUUCUUCUUCGCCGGGAAGCAGACGACGACGAACCUGCUGACGUGGGCCACCGUGCUCCUCGCCAUGCACCCAGAGUGGCAAGAGCGCGCCCGGCGCGAGGUCCUCGACGUGUGCGGCUCCGACGACCCCUCCAAGGAGCACCUCCCCGGGCUGAAAAUGCUGGGCAUGAUCAUAAACGAGACGCUCCGGCUGUACCCGCCGGCGGUGGCCACGAUCCGGCGCGCCAAGGCCGACGUGCGGCUCUCGGACGGGUGCAUGAUCCCGCGCGACAUGGAGCUGCUCAUCCCGAUCAUGGCCAUCCACCACGACGCUCGGUACUGGGGCCAGGACGCGGCGCAGUUCAACCCCGCGCGGUUCGCCAACGGGGCGGCCAGGGCGGCGAAGCACCCGCUGGCGUUCAUACCCUUCGGGCUCGGGUCCCGGAUGUGCGUCGGCCAGAACCUGGCGCGCCUGGAGGCCAAGCUAACCAUGGCCAUCCUCCUGCAGCGGUUCGAGAUCCGGACGUCCCCCAAGUACGUGCACGCGCCGACGGUGCUGAUGCUCCUCUACCCGCAGUACGGGGCGCCGUUGAUCUUCCGCCCGCUGGCAUCGCAGCCGUCGGCGGAUUCUACUACGUGCUCCUCUCCGAGACCCGAAUUCUUGUGUCAAAACUGACAGAACGAGAUGUUUCCACUAGACUAGAAUAGAAGAAGGGCAGGAAGAGCUGUGGGUCACCAUGGAUGGACAUUGAACCGCUCGAACGAAAAUCAUCAUAGGACAAGCCCAGGCCAGGAUGACCCAAACGCCCCUCGCCCUGUAGUAGUGUACAUAUGUGAGUCCAAGUGAUAGAAAGAGCCAAGAAUCACUAACUUUUUGUCCUGGCCUGUGUGUGGCCUGGGACCCGCCAGGUUGCCAAAAAUGCCCUCCUUAACAGACCGGAUCAGGCCAGCCUUUUUUAAGAUUUGAUGGCACACAGGAGAAAGGCCCCCACCUCUCCUCCUUUCUUCUUGUUGUGUUGCCCAUGGCUUCUGGUGUAUGUAUUUGUACAGAUGUUUAUUCCGUCAUCAUCAUCAUCGCCCAUCGGGAAAAAAACAAGUGAAAACGGUGUCAUGUUUAUAA